AUGGGGGCUUACCAGAAGCUCUGUUCCUGUCCCUCCUGUGGGAAGGAUGUCGUAAUUCGUCGAAAGAGCCCACAGGAUCUAAACAACUUUGGAGUUAGUACUCGGCCCUCAUCGAACCGGUCGCGGUGGUUUGUUUCAUGUACUGGGUUUCCUGAUUGCAAGUUCUCUAUUUGGCUGCCUGAUGGGGUAAUUGCUGCUCGCGUUGUCAUGCCAGUAAGUCAAGGAGUGACGGGACGUACCCCCACGGUGCCCUGCAUGUCAGUCGAUGGUGGCAGUUGCUUGGGUGGUGGCAGGCUUGUGGGUCUUAAAUUUCGACUUGGCACUGUGUUACCAUGUGGAUAUGUGCAGGAGGAUCCCGAAAUGGAAUACGUAACUUGUCUCUUCUGUGACGAGGAGUUUCGGAUGGCUUUUGACAUUCGAAUUGCUCCGGUUACCACUGCCUCUCCUCCUGUUCCCCGCCCGGUGCUCUCGGAACAACAACGACCGACUUCUUCUGUCACCCUUCAUCAACCCAAUCGUGGUUUUUCUACGGUUGUGCCCUCGACACAGGUUGAUGGGGUUGUAUGA